AUGGUCUUCCAAAUUGUCCGAAGGCGCAUCGGCGUCCCGCGACUCCCCGCAACCUCUAGCCGACUCACUCCCCAUCGCACCCUCAUCCCCGCGCCUGCGGCCAAUUCCGGUCCCAUAACAGAACGGCGAGCAGACCGUGAGCUUCCGAAUAUUAAUCCCGAAGGCCAACGAUGGAUGCGGACUUUGCCCAUCUUCGCGGUCGUGGUGGGUGCCGCCAUGCUCGGCAUCUUUAAUUACCAGAAAUCCUCGUCAAGUGUCGUAAGCAGCACAUUAUACGCUCUUCGCACAUCACCGCGUGCGCGCGAGAUUUUAGGUGAUGAAAUCUACUUUGCGCAGCAGAUUCCGUGGAUCAGUGGAGAGAUGAACCAGCUGCACGGGCGGAUCAAUAUCUCGUUCUGGGUGAAGGGGACGAAGGCGCAAGGAAAGAUGAGAUUUAAGAGUGUCAGGCCAGAUCGGAUGAGUUUUUUUCGCACUGAGGAAUGGAGCCUAGAGACGGAGGAUGGUACUGUGAUCCAGCUUCUUGAUGACAACCACGACCCAUUUCGUCAAGAAUAG